CCGGUACUCGGCCGGAGCCGCCGACGCCGGGGGUCUGGGGACGGGGACUCCCGGAGCAGCCAGGGCAGCGGUGAACCACCGCUCCCUCGCCAGUCGCCACCAUGUACUUCUCUCCGACAAACAGCCGUAAGCAGCCGAACCUCGGGAUGAACAAUGGUUCACAAACAAGAAAGUCUAUUAGCUUUAUUGGCGCAGCCAGAGGAAUGCCAACGAAAGGAUUUAUUACUACAAAUCAAAGCAGAAUGGCUCUGUCAAAAACCACACUUACUCAAUCUGACGUGAAGACACUAGAAAAAAUGAAUACUCCUAGCACAAAGACAAUACAGGUUUUUGAUAUAAAUGGAGUUGAUGUUACUCCCCGGCCUCUUUACCAUCCAGAUCCACAUGUUAGUGCGACAAAGCCGAGUAAAUUGUUGACAUCACAAGAAGGAUCACUUGGAUCAGACUUUAUAGCUUCCUACAGUCUUUAUCAGAACACAUUGAAUCCUAGUAUGUUAGGACAAUUUACAAGGUCAAUUUUAGGAAGUAGUACAGUAUCUAAGUCAAGUGUAUCAACAACCGAAUCAAUAGCAGAAGACAUAGAAGAACCAUCCUUUAAGCGAGAAAGACUGGCUAGUUUUACAGAUUUACAAGUUAUGAGGGCAAUACAUGAAACAAUUAUAACAAAAGAAGACCUGGAGAAAAAUAUAGAUAUAAUACUCACAGAGACAGAAACACUGAGAUUGUUUGACCUGCCAACAGUCAUGAUCUCUGUAGAAUCGGAUGAAGCUGAGGAAGUGAGGAAGAAAAACAAGAAUUAUGAAAUGCUUUGUAGAAAUAGACUAGGCAAUGACUUAUAUGUUGAAAGGAUGAUGCAGACUUUCAAUGGAGCACCAAAGAAUAAAGACGUUCAAUGUGAUAAAAUCGUAAUGGAAGACAAAGGUAUAAUGUCCACUGCCUGGGAUUUGUAUGAUUCCUAUAAUGCUCUGGAACUUUCAACUUCAGCAGCAAAACGACCUGCCAUUGAAUCAGCUAGCAAAGCAAGUGUUCUUUCUAAAGACCGGGACCAAAGAUUGUCAGGGAAUACUGUGGAAAGAAAUAGUGAAGCUAGCUCUCUAAUGGAUAUAGAAAAUGUAAUUCUGGCUAAAGUCCAUGAAGAUGAGGAGGACCACUCAGAAGCAAUAUUAAAAUCUGACAAGUUUCACCAGGACUUAUUUUAUAUGGAACGAGUAGUAAUGGAAAAUAUAUUUCAGCCAAAACUUGCAGCUUAUCGUCAGCUUCCUAUUUUUAAAGAACCUGAACCUGAACAUCUUAGAGAUAUUUUAGCAGGUGAAAAGCAUGAAGAGGUAGAAGAAGAUGUUAAAAAGGAGGAGGAAGAAGAAAUAGAAAUAAGUGCAGCACAAUCAACAAUACCAGCCAAUUUGGAACGACUUUGGUCUUUUUCUUGUGACUUAACCAAAGGCCUGAAUGUGAGCAGCCUUGCCUGGAAUAAAACAAAUCCAGAUCUUUUGGCUAUUGGUUAUGGGCACUUUGGAUUUAAAGAACAAAAAAGAGGAUUGGCUUGCUGCUGGUCAAUAAAGAAUCCUAUGUGGCCAGAACGUGUUUAUCAGAGUCCAUGUGGAGUUACAGCUGUGGAUUUUUCAAUUGGAGCACCAAAUCUUUUAGCAGUUGGCCUUCACAAUGGUACAAUUUUAAUUUAUAAUGUGCAGAGCAACAGUAGCACUGCAGUUCUGGAUAGUAGUGAAUCACCUCAGAAACAUUUGGGACCUGUAUGGCAACUACAGUGGAUAGAACAAGACCGAGGAACAACAGGUGAUGACAAAAGAGAAAUACUAGUGUCUAUAUCAGCAGACGGAAGAAUCUCCAAAUGGGUUAUUCGGAAAGGACUGGACUGCCAUGAUUUGAUGAGAUUGAGGCGAACUACUUCUGGCAGCAACAAAAGAGGAAUAGAAAAGGAAAAGAAAGGAGAAGCCUUGAUAUCUCGCCAGGCUCCAGGAAUGUGUUUUGCUUUUCAUCCCAAGGACACAAAUAUCUAUUUGGCUGGCACUGAAGAAGGUCAUAUUCACAAAUGUUCUUGUUCAUAUAAUGAGCAAUACCUAGAUACCUACAGAGGGCAUAAGGGUCCAGUGUAUAAAGUAACAUGGAAUCCAUUUUGUCAUGAUGUAUUCUUAAGCUGUUCAGCAGACUGGGGUGUAAUGAUAUGGCAACAGGAGAAUCUCGAGCCAUUUUUGAGUUUUUAUCCAACCACUUAUGUUGUUUAUGACGUUGCCUGGUCACCAAAAUCAUCUUAUAUAUUUGCCGCUGCAAAUGAGAGCAGAGUGGAGAUUUGGGACCUUCACAUAAGCACUUUGGACCCUCUGAUUGUGAAUGUGGCUAAUCCUGGGAUUAAGUUCACGACUGUUCUCUUUGCCAAACAAACUGAUUGCCUUCUGGUGGGUGAUAGUGAUGGACAGGUCACUGUGUAUGAACUGAAAAAUAUGCCUACUACUAUGGAUUCUGGCCGGGGAAAUAUAAUAUGUACUUUGCUUGGACCAAAAUCAAACCAACCAGGAUAAUUCAUCAUUCUUAAUAUCUUUCUGUUGUUGUUUAAAGAAAAAGGAUCAGUGUUUAACGUUCAUUCAUUUGUAUUGUAUGCAGCAAGCUGAGAUUUUGAUUUUUAAAAACAAUACUUGAUGCAUAACCUCCAUUUCAAUUUAAAGAAAUUUUAUUUCACAUAUAUAUGAUUAGUUUGUAACAUAAGUUAACAGUGGUUCUAAAUAAGAGUUUUGUUAGAUUUUCUUAAUUUUUCUAAAGAUGUUUCUACUGUAUUUCUUGGUCACAUUCCAACUAUACAUAAGGACACUUAUGACUUAUACAAUGUCCAGAUAUGUUAGAAAAUCAUUCCCUUAGAAGUAAAACUUGGAAAUUAUUAAAAUUACUUAAACCAAAAUCUUUUUGACAAAAUUGGACUGACUUUUAAAUCUUCUGCUUUUCAAACUCUAUUUUCAAGAAUUUAUAUAAUUACUAUAUAAUAAUGCAGUCAGUUAUUAUUAUAAUAAGAACAGCAGAUUCUCAUACCCAACUUUUAAUCAAAACUUUAUCCUCCUAGAUCUGAGAACUGAAGCUGUGGAACUUUAUUAGGCUAUUUUAACAAGCACAGGUUAUAACUGCAAGUAUUAGAAUUGUAUUGUUUAGCCAACAGGCAUUACACUAACAGUUAAGUGACAAAAGUAAAUCUGAGUCACAUCAGGACACCCUUAUCUGCAUGCCUAAAAUCUGCUGUAAAAUUUAAGCCCGGAUUUAAAUGGACUCAGAGAGAAAUUAGAAAGUCUGUGAUCUACAGGCCACAUCAGGAUGUUAUUUCAGGAAGGGUUUUAAAGAGAGGUGGUGGAAAUGGGGGUGAGAGUAGGGGGCAGUGACUCCUCCAAAUAUAGAUUGUUAGCAGGUUAUUCCCUGGAGUUUGUUUUAGCAAGUUCUGAGUUUGUUAUUUGAGACCAUAGGACAUUAUGGCCUAUUCUACAAAGCAUUCUAAGUGCUGAGGAGAGGAUAAGACAUACAAAACUCUUAAUGCUCUGGAAAAAAAUAUUAUGUAUUAGAAACUGCAGAUGGAAUCAGUUUAAUGGUAGAAACUACUAUUUAAGAAUAUCCAUUUCUUCAAAAUCUCCAUUUCCUUGAAGCCAUUCUUUAAAUAAAAGCAAGGCAAUUUUUAAAUGACUCACGAUGGAUGAAGUCAGUUUUAAAGGAUUUUGAAUUUUCUACUGGUGUAAGUCAUUGUGAUUAUCUUUGUCUUUCUGAAGGGUUGUACUUUCCACAACAUUUUGUAUAAGAAAAUAAAAACCUGAUUUGAUUGAAAAA